UUUAGAAUAAAAAAUAACAAUAAUUCGUUCAAUUGUUUAAGUAAAAUAAAAAUAUCAAUUGAACGUAGUCGGAUUGACUGUCAUUCUAAACUUAAAAACAAAUUUUAAAAAUAUAUAUUGAUAGAUAUAAUAUUGUGCAGAAAAUAAAUUUAGUUAAAUGAUUAAUUUAUAAUGAUUUAAAUAAAUAUAUAAUUAAUGAAAAAUGUUUUCUAUACUACGUUCUUUUAAAAUAAUUAAUAAUAAUAAUUUAUUUAAGCAGUUGUAUCCAGUUAUAAGUAAACGAUUUAAACGUCAAAAUGAAACGUUUCUUAAUCCGACUAACGGAGCGUUUUUGGAAGACAUUUAUAAUUCGUGGCUGAGAGAUCCCCAAUCUGUUGAAAAGUCAUGGGAUCGUUAUUUUCGCGCUUUUAAUUUUUCUUCAGGUCAAAAGACUUUAGAUGUCGAUGCAACGAUUCGCGCUUAUCAGGCUCGAGGACAUUUGAUAGCAGACAUAGAUCCAUUAGGAAUCCAGAAUCCGGAAGCGUCGAAGCUCCAAGGAACUCCAACCCCAGCACCGGCAGUGGUAGUUCGUCGUCACCUGGAAGGAAUAACGGAGGCAGAUUUGGAUCGUGAACAUUCUCUACCAAAUUCCUUGACGGUAAUCGGUGGUACCGAAAAAUCAUUAACUCUCCGAGAAAUUCUUACGCGACUCAAUAAAAUUUAUUGUGGGCAUUUAGGACUCGAGUACACUUACAUUCCAGAUUUUGAAGUGUUGGAUUGGUUGAGACACAAAUUCGAAGUUCCAGGGGCAUGGGAGCUGCCAGCAGAUCACCGUAAAUACAUCUGGGAAAACUUGAUGCGCGCAGUAACAUUUGAAAGUUUUUUAGCUAAAAAAUACGGGGCGGAAAAGCGUUUUGGUUUGGAAGGUUGUGAGUCUUUUGUGCCAGCAAUCGUGCAGUGCUUCGAAACCUCUGCAGAACUUGGAGUUGAGACCGCGGUAAUCGGGAUGGCCCAUCGUGGACGAUUGAACACUUUAGUCAACAUCUGUUCCAAGCCGAUGCAUCAGCUUUUUGUUCAAUUCAAUCCGAUUCCUAUGGAAGGACUGGGCUCCGGUGACGUCAAAUAUCAUUUGGGAACUCAUUCUGAGAGAUUUCUUGAAAGAAGCAGGAAAAAAAUUCGCGUUGCAGUCCUAGGUAACCCUUCGCAUCUGGAAGCUGUUUCUCCCCUGGUCGUGGGUCGGGUCCGAGCGGAACAAGUGGUCCAGCGAGAUUUCAAAGGGAAGAAUUCAAUGGCGGUUUUGGUUCACGGAGACGCGGCUUUUGCUGGCCAAGGAAUUUGUUACGAAACAAUGCACUUGACUAAUUUGCCUGAUUACACAACCGGUGGUGUCAUUCACGCUGUCAUUAAUAAUCAAAUUGGUUUUACAACAGAUCCACGUUAUUCACGUUCGAGCGCACACUGCACUGAUGUCGCACGUGUCGUCAACGCUCCCAUUUUUCACGUACACGCGGACGAUCCCGAUUUGGUGGCUUACUGCAGCAAAGUCGCCGCCGAGUAUCGAGCGACUUAUCACAAUGAUGUUGUACUCGACAUCGUUGGCUAUCGUCGCAAUGGCCAUAACGAAAUGGACGAGCCCAUGCUAACUCAACCAUUAAUGUACAAACGUAUCAAAUCUCAUCCCAAUGUUUUGAAAAUUUAUACUGAUAAAUUAUUAGCAGAAGGAAUUAUUGACGAAACUUUUAUUAAACAAGAAACGGAAAAAUACUUGGAACACUGCGAAGCCGAAUUUCAAAAAGCCCAGAAAAUAAAUAAAAUGCAGAUGUCCGACUGGCAUGACGUCCCAUGGACUGAAUUUUUCGCGAACCAGAAGCCGGAAAAUAAAAUUCCCCAGACGGGAAUAAGUCCCAGUGACAUAAAAAAAAUCAACACCGCGUUCUCGACUAGUCCAGAAGGUAUCGAACCUCAUGCGCAAGUUCUCAGAGUAAUGGAAAGAAGAAAAAAGUUAAUUAACGAAGGACGGUUCGAUUGGGCAAUGGGUGAAGCUCUGGCUAUUGUUAGUUUACUAAAAGACGGUUGUCAUGUGAGAUUGUCGGGUCAAGACUCGGAGCGCGGUACUUUUUCACACCGGAUUCAUAUUAUUCAUGAUCAGAACCGCGAUAAGACUUGGAAAAAUAUUUUACAUAACAUUUAUCCCAAUCAGGCGCUUUAUACCGUUACCAAUUCACCGUUAUCGGAGUUUGGAGUCUUAGGCUUUGAAUUGGGAUACUCAGCUUACGAUCACAAUACAUUGACUCUUUGGGAGGGGCAAUUUGGUGAUUUCGCAAAUAAUUGUCAAGUAAUUAUUUCUUAUGACAAAACUAUUUUUUCUAAAAUUCAAAACCGGGCAGCGAAAAAUUUUUAAACCGAAAAAAAAAAAUUAAUAAUAGUAAUAAUAAUUUUGAAAAGGUCGUGAUCGAUUCACUGCUCAGUUCUGGGCAAUCGAAAUGGGG